AUGAGGACUAAAGCCAACUUGCUCCUUAUANAUGAGAGGCUUGCAAAAUCAGAGGAUCCGGAGGAACUGAGAGACGCGAUGAACUCAAUGUCGAAGAUGUUGCAAUAUCUGAAAGAGUUGCGACGAGAUUGUGAGGACGUGGAGAAGAAGGGUUUAGUAGACAAAACUCAUCAAAACCAUACUCUUAAUCCUGAAUCUUGUUGCGACAACAAGAACAACUAUGCUUUGCUUGGAAACGUGGAGGAUGGAUGCAAUCAAGAGUUGUUGGACAUUGAUCAAAUCAUUAAUUUUGAGUCGACAAGUUCAUCAGUGAAUUCAGAGUUGGAAAACAUCUCGAUGGUGACACCAAAUCAAAACUCGUUCUCUGACUCUAAAGCUAUUGUAGAUGAAGAAUUGGUGGUUCACACUGAUUUGUAUGAUGAUAUUAUCCACUUGUCCAAUUUAGAUGAAGAUGUGAUGCUACCGAUUUCUGACAACAACAACAACAACAACAACAACAAUGUUUUAUCUGAAAACUUUGAUGAAUUCAUUCAAGAGCUGGAUCUUGAUCAGAUCUUUGAUUUUGAGACAAAUUAUAUGCAGAGCUUGGAGAUGGAUGGUGUCUCGAUGGUGACUACGAAUUCUGAAACAGUUGGACAUGGAGGAUUACUGACUCACAUAGAUUUGGAUGAGGAUAAUCUAUGCUUUUCUGAUUAUUUCAAUGAAUUAACCUCCCCUGAUCCAAUCUGAAAACUCCCUCCAAGAUAUAUAUAUAUAUACAACAACAAGUUAAAGAUUCUAUUCUCAACUCUCAAGGAAGAAGGGUCCGGUUUGACUUUAUUAAUUCAUGAUUGCACCAUCUUUUUUUGUAUAUUUGGAGUACAUUUUAUCAACUUUCUUAAAAAAACAG